UACUUCAAUCUGUGCUAGGGGUCGCUCAACUGCUGCAUGGUUUCUCGUAAACGUGCUAGUAGGGAAACUUAGGAUCCUGUUAAUGAAUGAAUAUAUAUAUGGAUGUGAUGUGUUGAAUAUAUUUAUUUAUGAUAUACUGGAGUAGUGUUUGGAAUGUCAUCCAAAUCUUUGAGAUUCCUGAUUUUUAGCGGUUCACGCUCGAAGUUGUUAUUGAGGCCUGCCAGUCCGCGGUGUGGAGUUCUUAGAUGUCCUGGAGGAGAGUUUGUUGCAGGGGGCUGGAGUCUUCGUUUGUGCUGUCGGUUACAUCACACAGCUUCCACCACUGACGGUUCCAAAACAAAGGUGCCUCAGAGCCCGACAUGGGAACCGGUUAGCGAGAGCCAGCUUCCCCCGGUUACUAGGGUGUCCCCAGAUCUUGUGGAUCGACUGGAGCGUCUAGCGUUGGUGGAUUUCAGGAACCAAGAGGGUGUGGCUAGGCUGGAGAAAGCAAUCCGAUUUGCUGAUCAGCUCCAUGUUGUUGACACUGAGGGGGUGGAGCCUAUGGAUUCUGUGCUUGAGGACAGGCAGCUGUACUUGCAGCAGGACUGUGUGAGGGAAGGGGACUGUGCAGAACAGCUGCUACGUACCUCCAGACGCACUGUGGAGGAAUACUUUGUGGCCCCACCAGGGAACAUCCCCCUACCAGAACGAGAUGAAAGAAGCAGUUUACUGAAGAACUCUGAAUUGUGACUGGAUCCAGAAUCAAGUUUCUGCAUUCAGGCAACUUAGUCUGAAGGUUAAUCAUCUUAGGAAUUUAUCCAGCAGAGGAAUGACAAUUACACUGUUCAAAUUCAGUACAAUACCCAUGCAACAGAUAUCGGACAACUAUGAUGAAAAACCCACAAAUGUAUUAUGUCCCAUACAUUAAUAUGUAAAAAAAAAAAAAAAAAAAUCCAGAUGUAUAGUGAAAAAAGACUCUACUAAAUAAAAAGAAAAAGAAAAGGGAGUGAUUGCUGGUAUCCAGUGCUUCGUGAAUCCAGGCUGCAUACCCGUUCAUUGAUAGAAACUGCUAGCAACUGAUGGACUCCCAUCAGUGGCACAUCCAAGCAGAAAUAAAAUAUACAGCAAUGAAGGGUUGUAAUUUCAACAUUCUUUUAAACCAAUUAGUCUUUUCCAAAAUCUUCAGUAAAGAACAAAAUGUAAUCUACAUUAAAAAAAUAAAUACCAGGGCAGACAGAUUUUUUUUUAUUUUUAAAAAGGUGUUUAUUUAGCGUUUGUUCAAUAUUUAUUUUAGCCAGAUUUCAUUAAUUGACUUAAAAAAUGUAAUUGAUAAAUGCCAACUUGUGUGAUUUAAUCUUUAAAAAUAAUUAUAAAAACUGCAGGUUCUUCCUACACAAUCCUAGCGGUUUUCUUAAACAGAUUUUAUUAGUGAGCAAAUCACGUGUAGAGUAAUCCGCUGUGUACCUGCCCAUCCCAUAGCUGCCCGUCGUGUUUAUCCACCGUCAUCAAGCUCUUCAGCAACGUCACCCACAUGCACAGCGCUAAUGCAACAUGGCUACAGGAAAGCAAAAGCACGUUUUGUCCCCCCCCCCCCCCCGCCCGCGUAAACCUAUGCAUUUUGCUACUGUGUAAAUGACCAGACACCAUUGCAAGUGUACACAGCACUGUGGCAGGGCAGGAGCCCUUCACAUGAAGAGGGUUUUUUGUGUAAAUGCAUAUUCUAAGUAGAGUGGAUUUAUUGUAAUUAAUGAAGUACCUGACGCUCCUGGGAGAGCCUGCCUGUUGUGUGUGAUUACCAGGUGUGGAAUCUAAUCAGCAGGUAGGUGUGUUCCAGCAGGGCAGCAGGUAUAAAAAAAGGUAUAGGCAAAACCAAAGCCAACUGGGCUAAAGAAGCUGCAGUUUACCAACGUGUGUGUGUGUGGAUGCUACCGUUGCUGGUAGUGUCGCCUGGGCGGUUCAGUGUGUUGAUAUGUAAAUAAAUCCUGUUUGCCUGCGGGGCGUAUCAAUUUCAACCUCCGUCUCGAUCUCCUGCCUGUCACUCAGCAGCAAUUGCACGCACCCACAUGGCUGCCCUGUCACAAGCAUUAAUACCCUGUACCUUUGUAAACAAGGGAUUUAGGGGCACUCCCUAAUAAAAGCUGAAUCUCAAAACAAUAAUUGUGUAAAUAUAGUAAUUGUUACAGUUGUGUAAUGGUAUUUAAAUCAGGAUUCAUUUAUCUGACUUUUUACAUAUCUGCCCUAACUCUGGUCCAGAUAUGAAACGGACUGCUGUAUUCCUUUUACUGGAAAUUGAAACGCUGCUUACACAGACCUACACCCCCUAAACAUUUAUCUUUAGUACAAAUAAAAAAACUUGAGAAAUAUUAAAAAUGUUUUGUUUUUUUAUUUAAAAAGAAAAAAAAAAACUAAAAUAUAACACAGCACUUCAGUGUCUAGAGACAGAAGCCAACAGCCACCAUCCAGGAGACAGGAUUGUCCUAAAAAUGAGACAACGCCAGAUUCUAAGAGGGGAGAGUUCUGUGUCCCAUACCUGUGUCCAUUUCAGAAGCUGUGAUACUUUAUUCCAAAACGUUGGAUAUCCAUAGAGGUCAAAGCAAUGCAAUCUAUUAUACACACACAAAUCAACCUCUGAAGCAAACUAAAGGGAAAGAUAUCUGGCUCCUGGAUAGCGACUGGAGCCUCUGAGGGACAACCCUGAUAGUGGAAUGUAAAUUACUGACAGCCCCCCCAAAAAAAUAAAAUUAAGAAAAAAAAAAAAAAAAAAAA